UUUGCAGCAUUUUUUGUAUGAACCACAUUUCCCGACAUGCAAAGCCAUUUUGCGUCAUUAGUACGCGUCUGUAAUGGUUUCGUGCUGUCGGAAGAUUUGACACGGGGAACUAGCGGUAAUAAUCUAUAAAAAUGUUUAUGCCCAGAGCCCUGAAAGUGAAGAGAACGGCUGAGGGCUCAGGUCUAGUUUUGAAGAAAAAAAGCAAGGUUGGUCAAAAGGAGGAGAAUGAUGAAGGUAGUUCAGACACACCUGUUCAAAAGAAUGAAGUGUAUGAAGAUACCAAAACACAGGAUGAGGCAAUACAAGCAGGUGGAUACUCUGCAGGUUUGACAGAGAGCUCAGUGCACGAAGAUGGACAUAAGUCUGCCUCAAGUGAUACAGAGGAAGAACCAGUCAAAUCAUUCAAAAAGAGCCAGAGAUGGCCAGAGCCAGGCGAUCCUGUCUGUGUGAUGUGUGGUCGCUAUGGGGAGUACAUCUGUGAUGCUACUGACAAUGAUGUUUGCAGCCUUGAAUGCAAAGCCAAACACUUGGCUCAAAUGGGGAUGGGGACUGGAGCAGAUGUGUUUAACUAUAAGGACAAAAAUUGUGAUGAAAGGGCUCAACAUCAACAGCCAGCAGCUGACAAGGAUGGGAUGGGUGAAAGUGGGGCAGGCUGUUUCUACAGGGAAGAUCGAUUCAUAUCAAGUCUUACAGAUGAACAGGUGCAGCGGAUUAAACAGGAACUGGGCAUUGAAACUCAGGGGAGCGAUGUCAGGAGACCCAUCAUUGAGUUUGAACACUGUGGUUUCCCUGCUAUCCUGAGUGGAAACCUGAAGAAGGCUGGCUAUGAGGCACCCACGCCAGUCCAGAUGCAAAUGGUGCCUGUUGGUCUCAGUGGCAGGGAUGUGAUUGCCAGUGCUGACACAGGUUCAGGGAAGACUGUGGCCUUCCUUCUGCCAGUGAUACUGAGAGCGCUUGAGAAAUCAGUACAUAGUGUGCACAGCCCUAUGGCUCUGAUCCUGACCCCCACCAGAGAGCUGGCUAUUCAGAUAGAGAGACAGACCAAGGAGCUGGUGAUGGGCAUCCCUAACAUGAGAACUGCUCUGCUCGUGGGUGGCAUGCCGCUUCCCCCACAACUCCACCGACUGAAAAGCACCAUCAAAAUUGUAAUAGCCACCCCUGGGCGACUUCUUGAGAUACUGAGGCAGAAAGCUGUGCAGCUGGACAAAGUGAAGGUUGUGGUGGUUGAUGAGGUCGACACUAUGUUGAAGAUGGGAUUCCAGCAGCAAGUGCUGGAGAUUCUGGAGCAAGUCCCCAAAGAACACCAGACUCUGCUAGCAUCAGCCACCAUCCCAAAAGGGAUAGAGGAGCUGGCUGCUCGGCUGGUCCAUGACCCUGUCCGUAUCGUUGUUGGAGAGAAGAAUCUGCCCUGCCCCAAUGUCAGACAGAUCUUGCUUUGGACAGAGGAGCCCUCCAAGAAAAAGAAGCUGUUUGAGAUUCUCAAUGACAGUAAGCUGUAUCAACCUCCAGUGGUGGUGUUUGUAGACUGUAAACUUGGCGCUGAUCUGCUGUGUGACGCGGUCGCCAAGGUGACAGGCCUCAAUACAGUGGCAAUCCACUCAGACAAGAGCCAGUGGGAACGCAACCGCAUCCUGAGGGGUCUUCUGGAUGGAGACUUUGAAGUGGUUAUCAGUACAGGAGUGUUAGGCAGAGGACUGGACCUGGUCAAUGUUAGACUGGUGGUUAACUUUGACAUGCCAAACACCAUGGAUGAGUAUGUCCAUCAGGUGGGCAGAGCAGGUCGGCUGGGACACAGGGGAACCGCCAUCACCUUGAUCAACAACAACAACAAACGGGCAUUCUUGGAGCUGGUGAACCGGGUCAAGCCCACAGGGUCCAUCAUCCCCCCUCAGCUUCUUAGUUCACCGCACCUCCAUGAGCAGCAGAGGAGGGAAAGACAAAAGGCCAAGCUGGGGCCUGAGGGGACACUGGUUACUAAGAACAACCUCAUUGAUAUCAUAAGGAAACACGACCGCCGCAGGAAGUAGCACGUUCUACCCAUCAGUCCUGCAAUACUGCUAUUUAUUAAAUUUAAACCCAGGUCUGGGAGACAGUCUCUCUUUCCACUGCUCUGGUGUGCUUGUGUAUUUAUUGAUGAUUGAGGUCAAGUUAAAUAUAAUACUGCUUUAAAUUUCACUGUGGUAAAGGUUUUGGACAGGAGGUUUUGACAUUAAAAGAUUUAUUCAACAGUGAUCCAUGUCAUCUUAACCCAAGAAGUAUCUGGCCUUUUUUCAACCAUGUAUUAUCCUCCUCAGCAGAGAUGGAGAGUGAGCUGUUUUGUUUUUGUUUAUAUGGACUGUAUGCCACUUUUUAACGGUGAAGUGUUAAUGCUAGAAGGAAAACAUAAGUAACACAAAGAGUUAAGUACAGUUUACAGUGGGUAAGUAUGACUACAUAACCUUAUAACGUUGAUUAUGUUGCCGCCUAGUGUCAGUUUUGGGUGCCUACAUGUCUCAACCAGGACGUGACGUAACGAUUUCCGAGAAUUCAACCAAUCAGCUGUCACUGCCGGAGACUAUUUGAAAUUGAAGCGGGCGAAGGCGGAAGAAACAAGUAUAAACAAAACAGCUGUGUUCGCUUGGACAUAACUGAUAUUUUAUUCGAAUGAAUUUACAUUCAUGGUUAAGCAUGUACUUGCUUCUGUCUUAGUAUGCUUUUUAUGUAGCUUAGUGUAUUGUUGCAGG